UCUCGGGUCCCUUGACGACUCAAACUACUCUCUCUUCAUCCCCUACCCUGAGCACUCAGGAAAACAAAAACACCUUUCUUUGACAUUUUCUGCUUCGCUCAACUUUCCUUUUUUAAACACUAUCCUACAACAUCAGCAAUCAUCACGGUUCUUGCUGAGAGAUCCUGGCAAGAGAUCUGGUUUCGCUCUGUGCUGAAUCUCCAUGUUCCUACUUGCUCGGACAUCGCUACGUAAUCGCCUACUUCGCUUCGCCUCACCCAAGUCAAGGAUGUGGGUCCUACUAGACGGUCACUAGAGGAAGAAGCCGGAGACCAGCCCGAGGCCGCAGCCGAAACCCUCACCAAGCAACCCCAAACUGAGCCAGGCAUUCAUCUUUAGUCGGCCAGAAAGUCUCACCAUGCUGCUCUGGAGAAACUACCCCCGGAGCUCCGCCUUCAGAUACUGUCCAAACUAAAUUCCAAGAGCUUGAGAACCUUCGUUCUUACCUCGCGUGUGUACUAUGAGCAGUUCUCUAUGGACCGCAAGUCACUACUCUUCAAUUCUUUCAUGCAGGAUCUGGGUGGUGCGGCUCAUGAUGCUCAGAUGGCCUAUCAUUCCUGUACCAAAGACUACCUUCAUGCGCGCAGCAAGGAAUCCGUGGCCCAGUUUCUACGGUCAUAUCUUAAGUACCGUUCCUCAACUCCGUGGUCAAGUCCCCAUGGGAUGUCCUCCGAUGGUACAACUUCCGAUAAUCGGCGUCCAAGCACGAUAUUCACCCUGGACGACGUCCAUUCUAUGAUCAAAUUUCACAACUCUGUUGUUGAACCUCUUGCGCGGCAUUUUGCCAACUGGGCAUUGCAAAACUUCUCGGAGUUCCCUGGGACUCAUGCCUGCUUUGACCCUCUCACUCACACCGAGCAAUCCCAUAUUUCCGGGCCCUCUACCGGUUUCAAAUUUGUGCCAACCUAUUUGGCUUCCGUCGGGGAAUUGAUGGGGAGUGGGGGGAUUCUCCUGACUUCAACGGUAUUUACAUCCUCAUAUCACUCGAGACAAUGUUUGAGCCAUGGGAGAUUGAGGAGCUUACAUGCAUCACUCUAUUUUUUGAAAGCCGCUACAAAGAGAUUUUUCGAAGCGUUCGAUCGGGCCUUGACAAGGACAGCCCCGGGAACGAGCGAUCAGACACAUCAUAUGACCCAUUUGACUACGAAGACGACUUGGAAGAUCCAGUCGCGGCUGUACGCGACAUCUCAAUUUACCGCAUGCCCGGGUUUUUCUUAGGGACCGGGUCGUCUGAUGCCUUUGGCCUAGAUACUCUCGAUUACGGAAUGGUCGAUGGAUGUGAAGAGUGGCUGUUCAAAGAACAUCGGCGUGACCCAUUGCCCUUCCGGGGUGACCGGACAAUGGAACCGAACGGCAUGUAUCCACCCGUCGCAUGGACCCUCCUAUGGUUGGAAACUUACUGCAACCGAGUCGGAGUCUAG